CUUUAUCGAUUCAUCAAACUAACCGAUUUUGAAUGGGGAGAAAGUUCUAUCUGUAUAUCUAUUUUAUGAGAGAUAUGGAGGACACAAUAAUAUAGUAUAGUAUCUGCACGUAGUACACAUACGUGGGUACAUUAUGAUCUUACCCCUCACAUAUUUAAUAUAUAUAAAGUGGAAGUUAGGUUACUGUUGUCAAAUAAUUUACAUUUUAAUACCUCAAAUUUAAUUAAGUCACAAUUUAGUUACUAUAAUAUAAAUUUUUUAUUUUGAUACCCCAAAUUUAAUCUUAAUAUGAAAUCAUUGAACAAUUAUAUUUGGGUAUAUAAUUUUAUGAGAUUUUCAUACCUAUAAUUUUUUCAAAUUUACAUAUUUUUCUAAUGUUUAUAUUUCACUUGAGUUCAUGAAUCCAAUCCACCAAUCCUCUCGAACCAAUUCAUGAAUCUAAUCCACCAUAACAUAAAAUUAUAAAUUUAGUUUGUACAAUACAAGAUAUUGUAUCACUCAACUGUAGGAGAAAAUUCGACAAUUUUAUAUUUUCUCAUUAUGUGAAUAUUAAAUAAAUGAUAAAAGAGAUACGACUCUAAAAUAUUGCAAGAGCGAAUUUAUAAACUCAUUGAGUACAUUUACGGGGUACUAAACAAACUUCUACUAACUACAUAUAAUAAAAUAUGUGACAACUACAUAAGCGACUGACGAUAAAUUGCUACGGUGAAAAGGGUUGACUAUUGUAUUGACGGCUAACUAAAAGAAUUGGUCAAAACCUUUCUAUAAUCUAAUCCCUUUUCAUUUCAUUUUUCACUCGCCUUCCAUAACCCUUUCUUUAUUUCUUUCUUUGCCUUCUUCGUCUAAUUACCCUAAUUAGUAUACUAUUUUUAUGUAUUAUAUCACAAGUAUGAACGAGUCCAUACAUGACUCACCAACAGUCUAGAGAACUAAUAAUUGAACUAUUAACCACUAACUUUUUUCAACUCAAUGUCAAGCCCAAUUAAAAAUAAUAUAUAUGGUUAUUACUUAUUGGAAAGUCAUCAUUUUCCACUAUGGGAUUUGAUAUGUGUAGAUAUCUAGCUAAACAUUCCAUGUAUAUUUGUUGAAAAUUCUAGUCCGGGUGAAAAAGAAACUCUCUAGAGAGAAGCAAAAGGAAUAUAAAAUUCCAUCUACAAACUUUCAAACCCAUAUAUACGUCACUCAUACCCCAGCUAUAAUCAAUGGGUUUACUUGGGUUUAUCUAAAGUAAAAAAUUUGGAUAUUGACCGCCAUAUAUCUCUUCUCAGUCAAUAUUACUAACAACGUCGUUAGCGAAAAAUUAAUUUUAGACUAACAGUACUAACAAAAUACCAUAAUGGGCCACAUAAUACAUGCUCAUAGGCCAUCUCCGCCCCGCGACAUGGCGCGGCAUCGCCACCUAGUUAGUUAUAUAUAAUAAAAGUCAUAUAUUUUUAGGAUUUCAGUGCUAAUAAUAAUUAAAAAUCUAAAACUUCUCAGGAGCAUCCUAUUCCGUGUACUAUAUAUGAUAUAGACAAUAUCUGAAUUUCAUUUUUUUUAGUUCACAUGAUUUGUAAGACAAGAAGUUAAACAAAUAAAAUUCAAAUGGAUUAGGAAGACCUCUCUUUAUCAUCAUCAUCACAUACAUCCAUACGAUAAGGUGUGCUAAUUUUAAUUAAGCUCUCUGAACUCUGAAGUGCAGGUUUCACGUUGAGCACUACACGCGAGACGUUUCAUAUGCUUUUUCACCGACAAAAUUAAAGUUGAAUGUAACUUAAGGUAUAAAUUAAUGGUGGAGUGCGUGACAUUGAUAAACUACUGCUGCAGUGGCGGAGGCAGUAUAAAUACAAGUAGGUUUUGGUACAAAUAAUAAAUCUCAAUGCGUGAAUAUGCAAAAUAUCAAUCUCAUCAUUUUAAGGUGAUAUAAAGGUACCUUGUCAGCUCUGAAAAAAAAAUAGUAAUUAAUUGUACAUACGUUAAAUACUUAUUUAUAUUUUUAAGAAAAACAUGGAUAAUUUCAAGUCAUGGCUCCAUCACUGUACUAUGGAGAUGAUGAAAUACAGUUUUUUUGGAGGGUGCAGCAAACCCCUACAAACUCAUUAGACCAACAAAUAGUUCGUUUGGUAUUGUUAGCUAAAAAAAAGCAAUAAUAGGAGGUCACUCGAUUCAAAUCUACAACAUUCUUUGGUAACCUGAUAGUAUCCAAACAGAUUUCGCUAUAACUCAUUGGAUACCAUGUCAAGAAUUUUCCGAAAAUGAUACUAUUGGUGUACUUAAUAUGAUAGCAUGGUGUAGAAGAUGUCUAAAUAGUGAAAAUUUAUAUUCCCAUGAGUCAGAUAAAUGAAAUAACUAAAUAUAUAAAAUUCACAUUAACAAGAUCUUUUCCAAUCCAAUUAAUUAAAACUCGAUCCAAUUUCUUGUCAAGUUGAAGUCCAAACUUGAUUUAGGAACCUUUGAAUUUUACUCGACCACUCCUUCAUUUGCUCGAAAUAAUUUAUGUAUCGUAGUUUAUAUCACACUUUACCAUAAAAGAAAUAAUUCUAUGAAAUCAUCUGUUGAGUAUUGAACCAUGAUAUUCUUCUGCCAACUGAAAACUAGACAAUCCUGUUCUUAUUAUAUAAUUUGGUCUAAUUGAUUUUAAUCAUAAAUCAGAAGAAUUAAUCAUAGCAAACGGGCAAGCCAUCUUUCUAUAAUAAAUGGAUCGGUAUGGUGGAGAUGGUUCAUUGCCGGGCAGUUGGGCCAAGAAGUCCAAUGCAUUCCGGUGAUUGUGGAAACAGGCUUAUUGUUUAGUAGAGCCUCGUGGACCCUAUAGCACAUCAACAGGCCGGCUUUGGUGCCGUGCACAUAAUUUAUUCUUCUUCUUCCUCCACAUGCAAGGAAAACAAAUCGUACCGGUUGAUAUAUAUGAAAAAGUUAUAAGUUCCAAAAUCGAUUUAAUUCAUAAUUUUAAAUAUAAAUAUUUUUAUUAAAAAUAAUUAGAGUACAGUAUACAGUUAUACUCUAGAAAUAUGAAAAAUCUAAAAGUUUCAAAUGUUUAAUAUUCAUAAUUGGCUUAGUGUGCGUUUUGUAGGUCGGAGUAAUAAUAAGAUAGUUCAUUCGGUGGUUAAAAACGUCCUUUCAUUGUACCCGAUUACGUGUCGUUAUUUUUUUAUUUUCUGACCUUAUUAAAUUCCAGGAUGCAAUGAUAUUUUGUUCAAAUCAAUAUAUGAUUAUUUUUUGUAAUAUAAUAAUAAUCUCACCACGAGCACCAGAUAUGGAAGUUAGGGGGCAGGAAAUUAAGUUUUAGAAACUCAGAGAAUUUUACGGAUCGUUUGGAUGCAGUAUUUUGAUGAGUUAAUUUGGUCGACAUAACUCAGAAUGAGGUAUUUCAAUUAAAAUAGCUCGUUUGGCAAAAAUAAAGUAGAAUGUGGUAUUUUGUCUAUGAGUCAAUUGAAAUAUCUCAUUGUGAGUUAUUUGAAAUACCUACCCACCCCCUAGUUAUUUCAAAUACCUCAUCUCCCAACUUCUUUUUCCACUUCAUCUCUUCUUUAAGUGAUGAAAUACCACAAUAUUUGAAUGUUUUAUCCAAACAAGACAAUUACACCAAUUACCACAUUUCAAAAUGAAAUACCACAUGAAAUGCCACAUAGCAAAAUAAUGCAUCAUUUGAAUUCGAAAUACCAUAGAACCAAAAUGAUGCAUCCAAACGACCCGUUAGUGGCAAGUAGAGAAGACCAAAAUUUACUAACAAAUGUUCUAUUUGAUCCUCAAAUUUAUUACACACUUUAUAACGAAAAAAUUGCAAAUUGAGGGCGGUAUGUGGUAAGUGGCUUUGCCACUCCUGCAACAACAUAUUUGCUGAUGACUUAUUCCCGCGAUGUAGCUUGCGCCAUCAUAACAUCUUCUAAAGCUAGUUAGCUAGAUUGUUAGUAUUUCUUGCCAGAUUUCCCCUUCUACAAUUCUUUAUUCAAUUGUCCCCAAGAAAAAAAAAGUGUGUGUAUGUAGUUGAGCCACUUGUGUGGUUCAAACAGACGAAGAAGAUGAUCUUCUUGUUGUUGUUGUGUUUGGAUGAUUUCUAUUUUAAUUCUCCUUCUUGACAGGUGAUCAGUUUCCCUGAACAAAGACAUUCCCAAUUUUUCCAACCAAACACCCACCUAACCUAACUCAUAUAUACUCACUCCCUCACGCCUACAAUACAAAACAAAGCUCUCCCCACAGCCCACAAGUGUGUUUCUAGGCAGAUAGCUGAAUUUUGCCUUGCAUUAUAUUUGGCACAAGACAAGACAAGACAAGCCGCCCAAAUCCGAUGCAACAAUAUGAUAUAUCCCUUGGUCCAAACAAGGAAUGAUAUAUAGUUUUAUGAAAUUAAAAUUCAACAAGUUCAUCAGCCCAACCCACACGCAACGCUGUAUAUAUCUUCAAGGGAAUGGAAUAGCUUGUUAGUUGUUAUUAUUCCCUUUGUCUUUCUUGAUCGAUUUGCUGAGUAACAGUACGUCUUUGUUUAAUCUCUCACAUAUACAUUUUACCAACCAAGUUUGCAUGACAAGUUUGUCUCUGCAGUUAACCGCUUACCUAUCUUGAUUUUUAAUGUAUAAUAGGUGGCGAUGCCGCGACUUGUCGCGACGCGUACAUGACAUAUGGACAUGUAUUAUAUAGCCCGUUAUAGUGUUUUGUUAGUAUUAUUAGUCUACAAUUAAUUUUUUGUUAACAGUUUUAUUAGUAAUAUUGACUGAGAAAUAUGGCAGUCAACAUCCAAUUUAUUUUUAAUUUUUUGAAAAUUUUGGAUAAUAGAUGAUAUUUACCUAAACCCAAGUAGACCAAUUGAUUUUGGGUAGGUAUGAGUGACGUAUAUAUGAGUUUAAGAGUUUGUAGAUGGGUUUGCGUAGGAUAUGAAUAUUUACUUCCAUAAUCUAAAUAUGUAUGAGUUGGGUAUGAAUACCCAUUUAUUCGAGAGUAUUUUAUUUACACAUACAAAAAUUAGACCUAUUUAUAUAACUUCAAAAGUUUAGGUACCAAAAUGUAAUACACAAAAAAUUAUAGGUACUAAAAGGUAUGUCCCAACAAUAUUUUGAGGACUAUAUGUCAAAAAAAUAAAUUUAGGUUAUAAAUCUAAAGAUCUAUUAUGUUUAGGUACUGAACUAUAAUUUUCAUAGUUGAUGCUUAAUUCCUUCUAUAGUGAUGUAUUUAAUAUGAUAAUUAUUUACUUUAUUUUAUAGAAAAUGAAAACUAUUUAUGUAAUAUGUGUAGAUACAUAGCCAAACAUUCCAUGUAUAAUUGUUGAAAAUUCUAGCCCGGGUGAAAAAGAAAAACUCUAGAGACAAAUAAAAGGAAUACAAAUUGGAACUCGCUUAAAAUUUCACGCCUUCAAAUCCCGUAGUAGAAAAUGACAACUUUUUAAUAAGUAAUAACCAUAUAUAUCUACUUUUAAUUGGACUCGACAUUGAACUGAAAAAGUUAAUGGUUCAUGUUUCAAUUAUUAAUUCUUUAGACUGUUGGUCAGUCAUGCAUGGACUCGUUCAUACUUGUGAUUAGAAUGCAUAAAAAUAAUAGUAUACUAAUUAGGGUUGAACGAAGAAGGCAAAGAAAGAAAUAAAGAAUGGGCUAUGGAAGGCGAGUGAGAAAUGAAACGAAGAGGAAGUGGAUGAUGGAAAGGUUUUGACCAAUUCUUUUAGUUGGUUGUCAAUACUACAGUCAACCCUUUUCGCCGUAGUAAUUUAUUGACACUAAAUUAUGUAGAUGUCACAUAUUUUGUUACAUGUAGACUGUAGUUAGUAGAAGCUUGUUUAGUACCCCAUAAAUGUACUAAAUAAGUUUAUAAUGAGCACAUAUAAAAUGGUCGAAUCUUCUCCUACUGUUGAGUGAUACAACAUAUUGUAUGGUACAAACUAAAUUUAUACUUUUAUGUUAUGGUGGAUUGGACUCAUGGAUUGGUUCAAAAUGAUUGGUGGAUUAGAUUCAUGAAUUCAAGUGAAAUCUAAACAUUGGACCAAUAUGUAAGCAUUGGACCAAUGUGUAAAUUUAAAAAAUCUCAUAAAAUAUAGAUACCAAAACAUAAUUGUUCAAUAAUUUUACAUUAAAAUUAAAUUUGGGUAUCAAAAUGUAAAAUGUAUAUUAUAGUGACUAAGUUAUAAUUUAAUUAAAUUUGGAGUAUCAAAAUGUAAAAUAUAAGAAGAAGUGAGGUUUAAUGUAUAUAUAAAGAAGAAGUGAGGUACUAAGUUGUAAUUUAUUAGGCAACAGUAACCUCACUUCUUCUUUAUAAAUAUUAAAUGGUCGCAAAAAUCUCUCACACUCAUCAUGUUAAGGAACUGACAUCAAGAAAUUAGUGAGGGGAACACAAGUUACGAUUAACUACUAAUUCGUCUCAAUAACUUGAGUUGUUGAGAUAUUCAUACAAUACCACACAUUUUACAUUGAUGUUACUUCCUGAUUUAUUGAGCUAGCUUGUUAUUUCAUUUCCCUUCAUAUACGAAGGCAGGAACCCUAGGCAACAGCUAGCUAGAUACCAACAUUUUGUCAAGAACCGGUUGGUCCCAAUAACUCGAGUUUUUGAGAGAGGUUCAAUCAUAGAUCAUAUACGACAACACUAACACAUUUAACCCGCUUUAUUUACUUGAACGUAAAAGUUAGUAGUAUUCUUCCAUCAAUUUGCUUUAAUUUCUUAUACUAAGGAAUUAUUCUUAUUCACGACAGUCUCACUUUCCCCCUAGCCUGCCUGUCUCAGAUAUGCACGCCGGGUGGCCCUUCUUUUCCUGCAUGCAUGCUUCCAACUUCCAGACACUAUAAUUAAUUCGUGCACUAAAACUUGUCGCCAGUUACUAAGCUUGCAGCCAUUCACAUCCAUAUACGGUUUGACGCAUGCUUCGAUUCUCGGCUUCACACGUGGCAAUCUGCAUAAUGGCACAUGCGAGCAAAUACUGACCAAUUGAGGAUCACAAAAUGCAGAUUUCCUUUUCUGAAUGAAGAAAUUAUACAGCGGAUGUAAUUUCUGCGCAGCAAAGCAACGUAUGUGGCAUCAGAAGACGACGUUCAAAUUGCUCUUGCAACAUUAUUAAUCUAAUAAUAAUAAUAAUUUGAAUAUGUCAUACUUUUGAAAUGUUAUAUAACUAAUCGCCUUAGUUAAUAAUAAUUGACUCGCAUAAACACACAGACACAUGUACCUUUGGCUUGCCACUUGUUUGCCAUCUCUUCUCCCCUUUCGGCUUCAAGUUAGUGACCUAAUUCUCCAGGGCCUUGUAUAUACGUCCAACUAAACGGCUGGCUGCGGCGGAGGCUCGAAUUAACAUAUCGUAGCUAUUGUUGGAAUGUUCCGAACAUUUCUCCGACUAAAAAUAUUGUCUAUUUUGAGUGUAUAUAUGAAGGUAAAUUUUCAAUAGGUCAAUCGUUUUUGCAUUGCUUCAUAAUGAGAAAGGUUAACUUCAAAAAAAUUUCGAGAACUUCCAUUUAAUCUCGAAAUACAUUUUGUCACUUAAAAUUUAUUUCUUAAUUAUAAAUUAUGAAUCUCUCCAGCAUCUAAUCGUUUAUCUAAAAUGUUACUCUCAUCUCAAAAUAAAAAAGAAGAAAAAAGAAAGAAAGAAACUGUAAUUAAAGGUGGCCAACUUCCAAAAUCCAAACUAUACUCUAUAGGUAUCAUUAUGUAUGUAUACAUGUCUUCGCAGUUCAUACGGUGCCGUAUCUACAUAUACACAACUAUACCCUCAGCACAGAGUUAGGCCAAGUUGUUGGGAUUAAGUUAUCAAUCUACUAUACUUUUGUGCCCCCCUAAUUAAACAAUAAAGCUAAUGAAUCAGCAAAGAAGAAGAACAAGAAAAAAAAAGUCCACUUGUGUUUUUGUUUUUCCUUUUAACCAACCAAAUUCCGCGGAGGUGUUAUAAUAACGUGGCGUAUAACCCCAUCUUCUUUGCAGAUCUAUCCACCCUCAAAUCUCCCUCUCUCACGUCUAUAUAAAUCCCAAUCGCAUCAUUCGUUAGUUGUAAACCGAUAACCCGCCUCCCACAAAAUUCCCACCCUCCCAACAAAUAUAAACCCUAAACUAAAUUAAACCAUCUCCUUCUCAUCAACGUAACCCCAAAAAAAACCAAACCACUCGAGCUAAGCUAGCCAACACAUUUCUCCAUACACAAUGGAGGCCGCCGCCGUGGCAGAACUAGAAGGAACUCUCCUCCACGACCCCGACCCUUUCUCCUACUUCAUGCUCGUCGCCUUCGAGGCCUCCGGCCUCCUCCGCUUCCUCGUCCUCCUCCUCCUCUGGCCGCUCAUCAAGCUGCUCGAGGCCGUCGGGAUGAGAGACGUAGGGCUCAAGCUCAUGAUCUUCGUCGCCACGGUUGGCGUUAGAGUCUCCGAGAUCGAGUCCGUGGCUCGAGCCGUGCUUCCCAAAUUCUACAUGGACGACGUCGACAUGGGAGCAUGGAGGGUGUUCAGCUCUCGUGAAAAACGGGUGGUUGUGACUAAGAUGCCCAAGCUCAUGGUGGAGAGGUUCGUCAAGGAUCACUUGAGUGCACAUGAAGUUAUCGGGACCGAGCUCGCGGUGAACCGGUUCGGUUACGCUACCGGUUUGGUCAAGGAUGGGGGCGAUCUUGAUGUGUUCAUCUUGAGCCAGGUUGAUAAACUGUUUGGCCAUGUUGACGACGAGUUGCCCGGUUUAGGACUUGGGAGGCGAACUGGUUCAGGCUCCAGCUUCUUGUCACUUUGCAGGGAAGAAAUGCACCCACCAUUCACGUUCAACGAGGACCUUCAAAACCCACAGCUGGUACGGCCACUCCCGGUUAUCUUCCACGACGGCCGCCUCGUGAAGCGGCCGACGGCCGCCACGGCUCUCCUCAUCAUCCUAUGGAUGCCACUUGGCAUCGUCCUGGCCGUCGUCCGAAUGACGGUGGGGACCAUGCUUCCCUUCUGGGCCAAACCCUACAUGUCCCGCAUACUCGGCGGCCAAGUUAUCGUCAAGGGGAAGCCGCCUCCGCCGCCAGCCCACGGCAGCCGGAGCGGGGUCCUCUUCGUGUGCACCCACCGCACCCUCAUGGACCCGGUGGUCCUCGCCACCGUCCUCCGCCGCCGCAUCCCGGCCGUGACCUACUCCAUCUCGCGGCUCACCGAGAUUUUGUCCCCGAUCCCGACCGUCCGUCUCACGAGAAUUCGCGAGGUGGACGCCGAGAAAAUCAAGCGCGAGCUGGGCCAGGGCGAUCUCGUGGUCUGCCCCGAGGGGACCACGUGUAGGGAGCCGUUCCUCCUCCGGUUCAGCGCGCUUUUCGCGGAGCUGACGGACCGGAUCGUGCCCGUGGCGAUGAACUAUCGGGUCGGGUUCUUCCACGCCACGACGGCGAGAGGGUGGAAGGGCCUGGACCCGAUAUUCUUCUUCAUGAACCCGAGGCCCGUCUACGAGGUGACUUUCUUGAACCAGCUGCCCGCCGAGGCCACGUGUUCGUCAGGGAAGAGCCCGCAUGACGUGGCGAAUUACGUGCAGAGGAUUUUGGCGGCGACGUUGGGGUUCGAGUGCACCAACUUUACGAGGAAGGAUAAGUAUCGGGUUCUGGCGGGGAAUGAUGGGACGGUGUCGUAUAUGUCGAUUGUGGAUCAGGCCAAGAAGGUUGUCAGCGCCUUCACCCCAUUUUUCCAUUAGCCACGCUUCACGAUAUAUUUGGUUGGGUUGAUAGAGACGAUCGACUUUCUACACAGAAUAAAGGUUACAUACAUUCGUGCAUUUGUUUAUUUUUCUUUUGGAAAACUACUACUGGAGUUUUGAAUUUUGGUAAAUUGACAAUUUGGUUCUUGUGUAUUUGAAAGCCUAUUCCCUUCUUGUUGGAUUGAUGUUGUAACAUCUAGGGUUGGAGUCCUCGAGAGCUAAUUUUUAAGAGUUUAAGGACCAAAUUGUUGGUUUGGCUAAAGGUUAAGUACUCAGUAGUAAGUUUUUUUAUUUUAUUUGGGUGGGUGGGUGGGUUCCAAUUUUUAAUUCUUUUUAUUGUAAUUACGAGUAUAUCUAAUCUUCCUGCUGGGGCUUGUAUUCUUUUGUUUUUGGGAAUAUGAUCCUUUUUAAUUAAUUUGUUUUUGGGUGUUACGAAUAUUUGUUUUGUGUGUAAUUAUUGUUGUUAUUAUUAUUAAUAUUUCUGGGCAAUAUUGAAUAAAAGUUGUGCCGCCAGUAUGACCACCCAUUAGUACCAUUGUCCCUAUGUCACAAAUGUGCGUUUUAUAGUUCACCAAGAAAUUACCAAAGUUAUGUUGCUUUCAUCAUUCCUUCGAAUCCAACAUUUUAGUUUAUACAUUUUACCUUCGAUUGUCUAAUUUUCACAGUUGCUACAACUACCAAUAUCUACCUGAUCGCCAAUUUGGCAGUACCAUUAACUAGUAAGAACGUAAAUCAAAUUUUUUUUUUAAGUUUUGCACUUUUACUCCCUGCAAUUUCACGAUAGCAGAUGUUGUAAGUUGUACUGUUUACCAUAUAUAUUUAUCAUUUCGGUCUAGUUUUGAUCAAUAUUUGGUCGAACAAUAAGUAUGCUCGUACAUAUGAUCAAAUAUAAAUAGGGUUGAUGAAUUGUGGUUCAGAUAGGCGAGACUAAUUAAGUUUUGAUCUCAAAGAUGCUUCCAUUGCAAGGCAUCAUACAUGCUUUUUGAGAUUAAUGGAAUGCUUGAUACAACAAUCUCUACCCAACUUAACCAGACCCAUUUGGGUUUUAUCAAAAAAAAUUAUUUAAAUAGGAUACAAUUCAAACCCAAUUCAGAUUCAUUAAAAAUGUAUAUAAGUUCAUUUUAGUCGGACCCAAUACUCAUAUAAAUUAUGAAAAUUUAUUAAGAUACCCAAUAAGUCCACUUAUUGCAAUUUCUAAUAUCGCAUGGUGGUCCUUUGAUAAAUUAACCUCAUUGUGACUCGAGAAAACAAAAGACAAUUGAUUACAGUUCUAUACAAAAGCCGCAUACAAGGCUAUAUAUCAUCGUUGCUGCCUGUCUCUGUCUGAGCUCGCAUGAAAUCAAUCUCUCGUCUUUAACCUUAUCUUUGUAAGAGAAACAGCAAAAUGAUCUCUUCCCACAGAAUGGGUUCAAAUCCUUAAUCUUAUUUCACUUUUGUUGUAAAUGACUACGCUUGUACUAAAAUCGUUUCAUGAAUGAAAUUUAACCCAUUGUAAAAAAAAAAAAAAAAAAAAAAACUUAUCUUUGUAAGUCGACUGCUUCUGUUUUGCGUUGUUACAUUCUUGGGGCCACAACCUCAUCAGCAGCCUUGUCUUUUACUCUCGAAAGAAGCACGCGGCAGUUGAUUAGAAGAGGUGGACUCUCCCUAGCGUUUGUAUUCUUUUUCAUUAUUCCAAAAUUGGCAUCUUAUACACUAUGUUCGGCGGUGAAAUUUUGAGGACGGAUUUAAAGUCGGAUGGGUAAUUGGAGGGACAAAAUUUGUUAUUUGGAUGGAGGAAUAAGAGUGUGUGAAUUGG